AUGCAACUGCCAGUCCUUCAUCAGCGACAAUUUAAAGGAAAAAAGAAAGUUUCGUCUGUUUGCAUCCGAAGCGAGCGCGAUUUGAAGAGGAAGCUGAAAGUAAAGCCAAACGUCUGCAAAACAACGCGGUUUGAUGGCAAAGCAUCGGAUACACAUUUUCCCGCCAAAUGCAAGUCACCACAACAUGCGCUACCUCCAAAGACUGCCCGAGACCCGGCCAUUCUUAAUUUGGUCAAAAUGUGCUGCUUUUCGAGUGGGCGGCUGUCUCGAGGAGGCCACAAGUCCGAGUCCGAGUCACGAGGCAAUUGGCAGCAUCAGUCACGCUUUCCAGUCUGCCUCGCUUCAGCGGAACCAGAA